UAGUCGAAUGCGCAUGCGCAAAUUGCCAGUCAAGAGCGUCCGUGGAUUCGCUUUUGGAGAGAAAAAGACAAGUACGACAUUUCUCCAUAGAAAAUAACAGAAGCUUUGCGUUGCUAUUGGAUCGUUGCGCUGCUCCCCUUUCCAGCCCGCUGAAUCCGAUUGGAGGGCUGGGAGUUGGGAUCCCGCCCCUGCAGCUCCUCUUAGGCCACGCCUCCCUGCAGCUGGCCCAGCUCGUUACCGCUGCAACCUCCACUUCUGCCACCGACCCCCCCCACCACCCUCCACUCACCUCCAUCAACCUCCUCACAGCAGCAGCUACCGUCAAUAACAUGUCCCGUCCCCUAUAUAACCCCUUAGGGGAUCAGUACUCUUCACAGGCCCAGAGAUCUGCCGCCCAGAUGGGGCAGUACGGACUCACACAAUCCCAGGUCGGAAGGGACCCUCUGGGGGCCUCCCGCCUUGGUCUGGGGUCUGGUGGUGGUGGUUCCUCCGGCCAGGGAGGCAUGAUGUCCUCGAUGGUGGCCCAGCAGAUGGGGUAUGACCCGGGGCAGAGAUCGACCGGCAUGACCCCGGAGAUGGAGACCUCCAUAGACCACCACAUCCGCGGGGCCAGAGAGGAGGUGAGGCUGCUCAGCAAGUUGAUGCAGCAGAAUAAGAACCAGCAGGUCUCACUGGACGCCCAAGACCUUCGCCUAAGUCGUGACCCCAUGGACGAGCUCUCGUCUGGGGGAGGACUGGGAGGUUACACCCCUGGCCGGACCUCCAGCGACCAGCAAAGUUCCAUGGACCCCUGGUCUGGCUUCCAGACCCAGUCUGCUUCCUCCAAACUCUUCUCCUCCACCCUUCCUCAGUACCAAAGCCAAACCUCUGGGUUUGGAGGUGCGGGAGUGCUGGGGUCCACCUCCAGAGGUUCCGAGGCCCCCAUGAGCGCCUCGUCCGCAGCCUCUCGUCCAGCCCGGUACACGUCUGAGUCCGCCAGCAGCAUCCUGGCGAGUUUCGGGUUGUCCAACGAAGACCUGGAGCUCCUCAGCCACUACCCAGACGAUCAACUGACCCCAGAGAACCUGCCCUUCAUCCUCAGAGACAUCCGCAUCCGUAAGGCCAAUAGAACUAUGGAUGUGGACCCUCGGCCCAAGGUAGGCGGUGGACCUGGCCCAGGAUCCGACCACGGUGGUGGAGGACAGAGCAAAGUGAUCGAUUACGAACAUUCUCGUGCUACUAAAUACGACAGUUAUGAUGAUGGCGAUAAUAGCCAACCCGAUAAUUACAGCUCGCACAAUCCGCUCCCGAAAGAGAAGCCAAAAUAUGACAUGGUCAGAGACUCGCUGAGCGGGUACGCCGGCCAUUCCAUGACCUCCGACCUUUCCAAGCAGCGUACCCAACAGCAGCACAUCCACAGCCCUGCGGUCCAGAGCCCCAUCCCCAUGACAGAUGUGGGCUCUCGCAUCGGCCUUCCUCAACCUUCCAGCCAACCCCAGCAGAACCUCAAAACCCACGGCUCAUCCUCUAAAGCAGAAUCCAAGCCCAUGAACAUCCCUGUCCGCAGCGGAGACCAAGGACUCAACCGACUCCUGGCGUCCCAGAAUCAAAGAAACGCUCGGGGCCACGCUCAGCCCCGGUCUGGCCUGGUGGUUCUUGGUGGUGGAGGUGGGAUCGGAAUUCCAGGACUCAGGGUUGGAGGUGUCCCGGUCGGGGUUCCUCCUCCCACGACACCCCCCAUUUGGCCUUCCAUAUUCCCCAUCAUGAACCCGUCAAUCCCACCUCCUGGUCAUGUCCCGGUGACUUUUCCUCCGCCCCGGAUUGGUCCGAUGCCCUCCAUGCACCAGCAGAUGAACCUACCUCCCCCGAUGAUGAUGAUGACGAAGAGGUUACCAACCCCGACCAUGAUGAGCGAUUACUCCGCAGCUUCUCCCAGAUUCUUUCCUCAUACCUGUUCUCUCUGUAACAUAGAAUGUGCCCAGCUAAAGAACUGGAUUGAGCAUCAAAACACCGGUCUCCACCUUGAGAAUUGCCGUCUACUCAGGAAAUCGUAUCCCGACUGGAACGUGGAAACUGUCGCUGUAUCACGAAAUGAAAGCAGCCUGUUGUCCUCCAAGCGCCGUCGGACAACACGCUCCGCCUCCCGUUCUUCAUCCUGGUCUCGCUCUCCUUCUCCUCUUCGCUCCUUCUCCUACCACACCCCUUCCUCCUCUACUCGCCGACCUCGAUCCAGGGAACGAUCCCGCGAACGUCGACACAACACCACCACCCGGCGUUCCCGGUCUCCGGGUUCACUUCGGGGCAGGGAGAGAGAACGUGACCCUCCGGCCUCGUCGUCUUCCCACCGGGAUCAGGAACGUCGACCUCAGACAGCUUCUUCAUCCCGGAGGUCGCGCUCGAGGAGCUAUGAGCGGGAGAGAGCGAGGGAACGUCGGGAGACGACGAGGAGGAGGAGCCUGCCGAAGUCUAACAGUGCUGAGAGACUGGCCAAGAAACUACUGGAGUCAUCUGCUGGCCUCUCCCUGACGGAGAACACCAGUCUAGAAGUUAUGAUGCAGUCCCUCGCCCCCGCGCUCCUGGCAGAGCUCGCCAAGAAGAAGGGAGCCGCUGCCUCCUCCUCUUCCUCCUCGAAGGGAGGUGCCUCUGGAAGGUCAUCAACCAGGAAAUCGUCCUCUCCCUCAAAGUCAUCCAGCUCCACUUCUACCAAGACCAAGAAGAAACGAGGCCCAGGGACCUCAACUCUGUUAAAACUGAUGAAUAUCCCUCAGCACACAGCUCAUGAUGAGGUGAUGAAGGCCGUAGAACCCUUCGGAAAGAUCAACAACAUCAUCCUGCUCAAGUCCAUACAGCAGGCAUCAGUAAUGUUUGAGAAAGAGGAGGAUGCCAGACUGCUGGCUAACUGUAAGACCCUGACCAUCAGAGGCCAGGUCGUUAUCGUACGGAUGGAGGAAGAGACUCUGCUGGAGGACUCAAAGGAACUGGACCGGGACAAGAAGUCUUCUUCUGAAAAGAAAGCGACAGCAGCCCAGUCCCAGACCGGCACCACCAAGUCAACUAAAACAUCUACCAAGUCUUCAACGACCGCAACUAAACCGCAAACUGCCGGUACCAAGAACGCACCCAAGGUGUGUGGAUCUAAUACCAAGUCCAAGGGGAAAAGUCCCCUCGGUCCUCAGCAGCCUGACAUUGCGAAUAAUCGGUUUGUGAAGAUCGAAGGUUUACCAGAAACUGGCUAUACAGAGGAAGAUGUUCUGGCUCUGGUGAAGCCUUACGGAUAUAAACCUGGACUCUACAACUGUUUCAUUCUGCCCAACCAGAGAUGGGCCAUAAUCCGUAUGGAGAGAGAACAGAAGAGCUUUGCUAUGUUGACCAACUACACAGAGACCCCUCCUAAACUACUAGACUGUCCCCUCACCUUCACGCUGACCCGCCCUGAUACAAACCUCCGCCAGGAGGGUGUGUACACCACUCUGAAGGGCCUCACCACUACGGAUCCAACGUUGAAGGAACGUCUUCUGAUUGUCAGUAACGUCCCCGCAGGGACUGCAGCAUCCCAGGAGGUUCACGACCUCGUCAAGCGCUUCGGCUCCUACCGCGACUCGCUGUCUCUGAUCAACCGGAUCUAUUUUGAGAUGGAAUCGUCGUCGGUGGCGACGACCGUGUGUCUUCAUUUCCAGAAGUCCCCCAGUGUAGUUCAGAACAACCCUCUGAAGUUCAACUUGCUGGUCAAGGAUCAGCAGGCACCGCAGCCCCCAGCCCAGAAGACAUCUGUUGUCAGCACCAAAGCCAAGAAGAAACCAAUCAAAGGCAAGAAGCCUGUAGCUAAAGAUGUCACAACCCCAGUUAAACCUGUUACUUCCACUACUACCAGCACCAAUGCUACGGUCUCAUCCUCUCGGCCCGUUGCCGUGGCGACCAAGCAACCGGGUGACGACGUCAUCGUCGCGGAGGCCAAGCAACCAGGAAGUGACAUCGUGGUGAUGAAUUCCGACGGAAAGGCAACGGUGGCGGAGUCUGGAGGGAAAGAGGGUGGGAUUUCCUCGACUAAAGAUGGGAAGAAGAACGCUCAUCCUCCCAAAGAGGAUGGAGGGAUGAAAACUGAGGAGGCAAAAGGAAACAAGGAAGACACUGCGACUGUCGUCGUUUCCGCCUCGUUACCUACGGUCGCCGUGUCCGCUCCCGAGGAAGAGGUCGCCAUGGAAACCCAGAGCACCGACGGCGUCGCCUCGACCAAUGAGGGUGCAGCAGAACCCGAACAGGUUCUAGCUGCGGUCCCACAACAGGGCAGUGAUGUCAUUGCGUUGGCUAGUGAAACCGUGACGUCUGUGGCCACAACAGAACCUCGUCUGAUCUCCGCUGUGGAGGGAGCUGAUAAAGUGGCCAAUCCCGUCGACUCUGACACCGUUGCCGCCUUGGUACCGGAACAAACACCGGCUCCUGUCCCGGUAGAGUUAAAUGUUGAAGACAAACCUCAGGACUUUCCUCCGGUCACAGAGGAGAUCCUCAAGGCCCUGGAGGCAGCCGUGCACCAACACCGUAUGGGGAGACUGGCGGAGGAACAGGCGAAACAGGAACACAACCAGGGAGAGGGGAUCCAGGCCAAGCCUCUACCCAACCAGGAGAGCCCUGCAGCUGGGGAGACGGCGGAGAGAAAGACCCCGGCUGAGUCAGAAGAGAAGACUGGGGAGAAAGAGACAGCGAAGAAAGAGGAGCCACGACCAGAGAAGAAGUCACAGCCGGACAAGAAGACCACCGACACGAAGAAGACACCUUCAGGAUCUGGCCAACCAGACCACAAGAAUGGGAAGACAGAGGCUUCCGGAGGGAGAGGCCGGCGCCUCUCCCCAGAAAGGAGAGACUCUUCAAGGCAUAGAAGCAGCCGUGCUCCUUCCGAGGAGGAGCAGGAUCCUUCGACGUCUAGGCAGGGCAACUCCUCUAGCUCCUCUUCUGGCUCCCGCAGGAGCAGCAGACCCGACGGCAGCCCCGCUAAGAAGAAGGGGAGGGAAGAAGAGGAAGACGGGAGGAGCAAGAGCCUCGGUAGCAGCAGUAAAACGACCCUCUCCUCUAGGAGCAGGUCUAAAGACACGGCUAGUUGCUACGCGGGAGAUGAGUUUACGUCUGACGUCAUCCCCGAUGAAGCCAUCUCCUUCGAUCUGGACCAGUUCAACAUGGACCAGUUUGUUACUGUGGAUGAGGUGCAAGGGGAUGAGGCUGAGAACACCAACCCACCGCAGUCAUCCUCAUCUCCGUCGCACAAGACCCAAGAUAAGGCCUCGGAAAGGUCAAAACGAUCGUCCAAACGCAAGAGGGGUACCCCAGAUACCCCAUCUCCGAAAUCUAGCCUGGAGCACAAGGAGACACCCACGUCCUCCUCCUCUACCCCGCCUGCUCAGAAGACUCCACGAAAAGCCGCAGCAAAAAAGGCAGCAGCUAAACCUCAACCACCUGCCACCUCUGGGCGCAAGACCAGGUCAUCAGCAGCUGUUGUUGUAGCGACCGAAGCCGCAGAAACCCAGGAAGCUGCCGAGGAAAACACCAGCAUUGCCGAUACGGAGGCGGAGCCUGUUCCCUUGGAGACUCGGUCUCAGUCGGAAGAGGAAGUCGUAGUGGUCACUAAGGGAUGUGACACGGAGGAUGUAGUACCGUCAUCCCACCACAAGAUGUCAGUGUUGGACACUGCAGUGACCGACAACAAGGAAGAGAAAAGUGCUGUGUCAGAAAGCGAUAUGGAGACGACCGCUGAAAAACUUCCAGAGCUAGAGGGGAGCGAGGAGGCGACCCAGGCUGAAAAAGGUUCCUCGAUUCUGGGUACCGAGGCUCAGAAUGGAGCCUGUCCACUGGAGCUUGGUCUGACCCAUCCGUCUGCCUCAGCCAAGGAGCGAAACCUUCAGAAGGCCCUGCAACUACUAGAGGUGGAGACGGUGUCGGGUCACCAGGUGCCCCAAUCACUUAUUGAUAAAGAACCUGAUGAUGAUGGUGAUUUCCAGAUUCUCGACGAAGCUGUGGACGAUAACACACGUAGAGACGGAGAAGAGGGCAGUCAAGACACUCAAGAACAGUCUGGAUCUCUAUCACUGGGUUACCAGGCGCCUGCAGCCUCCGAAUCUACAGAGUCCCAGGUGCCUCAAGCUACACUAGAGGAACACGAAGAGAUCUCCAACGACGAAGAAUCUGCUUUCCAGAUCCUCGACUCUCUAGAAGACACUGAAGACAACAUGGCCGACUCCUCUCUCGCAGGCCAAGGAGGCCGAAGAGAUUCUCUACCCAGAGAGAUGGAGGAGUUCCAGAUACUAGAUUCAGUCGACGAUCAGACGGAAACGACCCAAGUUCUGGACAACCAUACGACUGACUCUAGAAGUCAGGGGGGCUCCAAGCCUCUAAAGGGGGGUAAGAAGACACCCCAAAAGAAGGGGAAGAAGGAGGUUAAGAAGGUAUUCAAAACUCAACAGGUGACCAAGACCCCAACAGGAGAGUCCGAGGGGGGUACCCCGAAAAAGAGUAACCUUGUCACCUUGGAUGAGGUCAGCGAGGAGGAGGAGGAUUACCCAGAUGACGCCGCCGAAGAGGAAGAACUUAUUAAGAAACAAAAACUGGUGAAGGAGAAGCAGCGAGAGAAGGACAGAGGGAAGGAGAGAGAGAAAGGGCGGAGGAGGAGUAGAGAGAAGGAACGGACGAGGGAGGAGAGGGUCGGAGUGGAUACUGAGGGCUUGGUGACUUUGGAUGAAAUCGGAGAGGAUGAAGGAGCAGAGGGGCCUUGCCUGGAGCCACACCCCUUCAGCCAGGAGGACGAAUCGGGAGACACCUUCAACCCAGAGACUCUGGUAACCCUGGAUGAGGCUGGAGGUGAUGGGGAGGAUGAUGAGGAAGAAGAUCAGAACAAGAGUCCUGAACCAGCGCAGAACCAGCAAGCUGACCACACAGCUGAUGCUACAGGGUCUCCUGGUGCAGAGGACGACGGCAGGGGCAUGGAGGAAAUCAGGAGAAUGGACUUUGUGACCGUGGAUGAAGUGGGAGAGGAGGAGGAGGAGGAGGAGGCUGUUACCACAAGGAGAGGAGCCAGGGGGAGGAAGAGGGCCCGUCAGACCUCUGCCAGGAAACCAGUGAAGGUGAAGAAGGUGAGAGUUAAAGAAGAGGAAGAGGAGGAGCCUCGGACAGAUACGACUCCUCCCACUGACACAGCUUCUGUUGACGCUCCCUCCUCAUUGCUCCAAGUCGCUGUGACCUCAGAGGUGGACGCCCAACCAGCUGCCUCGGUCCCAGACCUCCAGGAGAAAGAGAGGAAGGCUGAUACCCCGGCAGACCAACCCAGCCUGGAGGCCUCCUCAGCAGGGCAGGAGAGGCAGACGAACCCCCCUGAGAACCAGAGUCUGGAGGGGAAACAGGAGACAACAGAUAUCAGUGUCGGAAAAGCUUGGACUGACUUCACGACACCACAAGAAGACAGUGAACAGAGAAGAGAGGUGGAAGAGCAGCCUGAAUUAAAACGUUGUCGUUCUGAGUCUCCUCUGAUCACAGACUUCAAACUGCCUCCCUUCAGCCCUCACAACCCUAUAGGCCAGGACUUUGUGGUUCCUAAGACAGGGUUCUUCUGUAGGUUGUGUUCUCUGUUCUACGGGAACGAACACACAGCCAAGAAGACCCACUGCAGCAGUCUGCAACACUAUCAGAACAUGCAGAAAUAUUACCUGAAGCGUCAGAAGCAACAAGCAGGAAGUUCUAGCCUCGGCUCCGUCUCCAAAUGACCCCCUUGACCCUGGAUGUUUCCCAAAUGGCACCCUAUUCCCUACAUAGUGCACUACUUUAGACCAGAGCCCUAUUCCCUACAUAGUGCACUACUUUUAGACCAGAGCCCUAUUCCCUAAAUAGUGCACUACUUUUAGACCAGAGCCCCAUAGUGGUGCCAUUUGACUCCCAACUCAAUCUAUAUUUCUAAUUUGUGUGUCUGAAACAACUGUAAGUCUGGUCAUAAUACUACACUAUAUGGGGAGACAGAGGAUCUGAGUACAGGAGUGUAGAUCCAGGAUCAGUCC